CAUGAUUAUCAUCAUCAUCACCACCACGCGAACGGAUUCCCUACGCUUACUGUACGUGUGUUUGUUGCGAUUCGCAAUAACUGCGAUGUCCUAUUCGAUUCCCCAAGUUUUAUCUCUGAUAUGAGCUACCGCCGCUUUAACAAUAUGUUUACGUGAAGUUCUUAAACGCCGGAGCUCUUGUUCAAGACUCGCCGACCUCGCACAGCCCGAUACUCGACGUCUGGUACGUGUCUCAACGUUUCUGGUUCCUGUGUUAGGCGAAUCUAAAAUGAAACCCAAGUUAAUCCAUCCUAAACAUCCGAAGCAUGUACGGGUUACCAGCACUUCGGAAGUUUUAGCUUGUAAAAUCGGCGCCAAGAAGCGUUCACAUUUGAAGCAGACUUCGCUAUCUUCAACGAAGCAAACGGCGUUCGUUCCUUUUGAAGCAGACUCCGUUCCGUUCAGUCAUUCGCCGAUCUCCAAGAAAUCUGUUGGUCCUGUCGAACAACUGUUCCCGUCGCCUAAACGAAAAAAGGGAGACUAUGAGGUGGCGGUUAAAGCCAAGCGACAGAAGUAUCUUAACACCGACCGUGAUACUGAGACAUCGGUUAAACCCACAAGAGAACGCCGCUCCAAGCUCCAAAAGCCGAAGUUAAAAAGUCGAGCCGAGGCGGAAGAUGAAAGUGCCAGCGAAGCUCGGUUGUUAGACGAACUUAGGAGCGGGGUGACUUCGAUUUUAAGCGGUCUGGAUCCCGACGAAAACUUCCAGCGGCCGCGGCCGUUGCGUCCCGAGGCCAAGACUAAGCACCUGGCGCCAGCACCACAGGACAGCCCAUCGAAAGAGGGGGAGGACGAGAGGAAAAAAAAACGCCGUAAAAAGAAGAGAAAGUCGGCCACAAACAGCGCCGAUUUGGGUACUAGGACGAAAGCAAGUACCUCCAAGGCUUCACUUGACAAGUUGGAAGCCGGUUACUCUUCUAACGAGCCAGGAAUUAGUCGCAAGGUGAGCUCUGCAAAGAAUCAGAUGACCGCCAGCAAGGCGCCCCAACCCACCCGUUUCGACAAGCAAGGCAAGUCUGCCAGGAGUGGCGUCCCAACAAACCUUGACCCCCAAAUUACUAAGGAAGAGUGCUUGAAGGAACAACCUACGUUGACAAAAUGCAAGAAGAGGAAGCGGCAUAGGAAGCUUACUGCACACGCACCAACAAGCGAGUUAGACGGUUCCAAACCUCUUGCGUGCGACAAGCGGGCAAAAGGUGACUACGGCACUGCCAAAAGCCACCGACAGGAACUUUCCGACGAUGAAGCAACGGCUGAAGCGGACGUCGCCGAGGGAGACGACGACAGCGAACCAAACGUGGCCCCGCUGCAGGGCUCCAAGAAGGCAAAGAGCAAGUGGAGUUUGUCGUCGGGUCCAGCGUCUUCGCAAGACGUCAGAGAGAGAGCCCUCGAACGACUGCGGGCCGCUCGGUUUCGUCUGCUCAACGAAGAACUCUACACGUCGCAGAGUGCCGACGCCGUUCGUUCGUUUGAGGAGGAUCCGAAAGCUUUCCAGGUCUAUCACGAGGGUUUCGAAAGACAGGUCUCCAAGUGGCCCGUCAAUCCCGUGGACGUCAUCAUCGAUUCUCUGCGGAGCAUGCCCAACACGACUGUGAUUGCUGAUCUGGGCUGUGGAGAGGCCAAGAUUGCACGCACACUGACCAAAAAGAAGGUUCACUCGUUCGACCUGAAGGCACUCAAUGAUCAAGUCACAGUCUGCGAUAUGAGCAGGCUCCCGCUGUACAGGCAGACUGUUGAUGUGGCCGUCUUCUGUCUCUCUCUGAUGGGAACAAACCUGAAUGCCUUCAUCCUGGAAGCAAACCGGAUCCUCAAGAAAGGGGGCCUGCUGAAAAUUGCAGAGGUGAAAAGCAGGUUCAGGAACAUUGACGGCUUCCCCAAGGCAAUGAAGAAGUUUGGCUUCCAGUUCGUCCAGAAGGAUGACAGCAACAAGAUGUUUGUGCUGUUCGAUUUUAAGAAGCUGAGAAGCACCUCCAAGCAUCCUUACUUGCCUCAGCUGAAGCUGAUGCCCUGCCUCUACAAAAAGCGGUGAAGUGGGUCAUGGUUUCGACACGGCAGCCAGAACACAUUUUGUGACGUAACGAGAAUCAUAAAUGUUGCACGAGUGUGGUUCACGGACAUC